AUGGCAUGUAAUAUAUCAUACAUGCUUAAUUUGUUUCAUACAAGCAAAUAUGUGAUAGAGAAUGGUAUUAUCAACACCUUUUCGAAUAUGCCGGAUGAUGGCUUGUUUGUUGAGGAAAGGUUGUCAUAUGUGGAAUUGAUUCGUAAGAUUUGUAUGACACUUGGUUGGGAUCUAGCACACGUGAAACUCCACCUUUCUGUAAUUUUCGAUAGUCCCGGUGGUAGGCGUGUAGUGAAGAUCAAGAAUGAUUCGCAUGUAGAGUUCAUGAACCAUGUAGCUCCAAUGUCAUGUUUGGAUUUAUACAUAAAUUUGGAAGAUAUCACUCACGAAGAAAGAGAAGCGAGUUUGGAAAACAACAUGGAUGGUAAUUUUCCAAGGGGAGAACGUGCUAGUACUUCUCGAAACCGUGAUGAAGAGGAGACACAUUUAUUUGCACAAGAUGACUACAUGAAAGAUGAGGAUCCCGACUACACAGCUCCAAGCGAAAGCGAAGAAGACCAUCAUGGCCUUCAUCAAAUUGUGAGAUGGCAUGAUGCACAUAAUUGUAUGACUCCCGUGAAUGAUCAUGACCAUCAGUGUGUAGACGCGUCUUUGAUUGCUGGACUCAUCAGGAGAAAGGUUGAGGACAACAUAGAUUAUACGGUGGCCUCGGCACAGAAAGAUGUGAAGACCUUAUUGAAAGUAGAUGUGCCAUACAGAAGGGUGUGGCACGAGAGGAGGAAAGCCAUAGUAGCAGUCUACGGUGAUUGGACUUCGAAUUUCGAAGAACUUUCUAGGUAUAUUGAUGCUCUUAAGUUUACUAAUCCUGAGACUGUAGUAGAGUGGGAAUGGAAGAAGGGAGAAGAAG